AUGGCGACCCUUACAGAAACUGCAACACCGGUCGUGGAAGACAUCAAGAGCGCUGCCUCAGGCAAGCACAAAGAGCCCCUCAAGCCAUCAGGAGCAUUCGACAAGUUCGAGUCCUUCGAUGCAACCCCCGUGAUUGGACGGGAGUUCCGCGGUGUGAACCUCAAGGAAUGGUUGGAAGCUCCCAAUUCAGACGAGUUGCUCAGAGAGCUUGCUAUAACAAUCUCCCGCCGUGGCGUAGUCUUCUUCCGAAAACAAGAUGAUUUGGACAACGACCUCCAAAAGGUCCUCGCCCAGCGACUAGGCGAACUAUCUGGCAAACCCAGCACUUCCAAACUACACAUCCAUCCCGUUUCCAACAGUGGCCGCCGAUUGGGCGGCAAUGAUGAUCAGAUCAGUGUCAUCUCGUCUGAGCAGGCCAAGGAGCUCUACUCCGACCUCUUUAUGAAGAAACAAAGCGGCAAAGAAGGCUGGCACAGCGACAUUACCUUUGAGCCGGUCCCUAGUGACUACACCAUCCUACGCCUAACUGAAUUGCCCAAGACUGGCGGCGACACGCUUUGGGCCUCUGGCUAUGAGGUCUAUGACCGUAUUUCGCCAGCUUACCAGAAGUUCCUGGAAGGUCUCACGGCAACGUACGCACAGCCCGUGUUCACCGACUCCGCUCAACGCAACAACUUCUCCUUGUACAGCGGUGAACGUGGCGCACCUGAAAAUACCGGCAUCGAUCUAAAGGCUAUCCAUCCUGUUGUCAGAACCAAUCCUGUCACCGGCUGGAAAUCCAUAUUCGCCGUCGGUCACCACGCGAAACAGAUUAACGGCCUGCACCCGGCCGAGAGCGAACACCUACUCAAAUGGUUCGUGCAGCUGAUCACAGAGAACCACGACCUGCAGGUCCGACUGCGCUGGAAAAACCCGAAUGAUCUGGCGAUCUGGGACAACCGCAGCGUCUACCACACGGCGACGUACGACUACGACGGACUGGGCCCCAGGACCGGUCAGCGCGCGGUCAGUCUGGGCGAGCAGCCGUAUUUGGACCCGCAGAGCAGUGGACGGCGUGAGGGGUUGGAGAAGGAAAGUGGUCUUGCCAGUAGUAAUACUACUGCUACCGCCGCCGCCACCACCACCGCUGCCAGCGGUUGA